CUCAACCGCAACCAACCCACCGUCGUUGACAACACCUCUGCCCAAGCAGCCAAGGACAACACAAACGAAAAUCACUGGUAGUGGCUAAGUCAUGGCCUCCCCAAUGGACGUCGAAGCUCUCCUCGACGAGGCUGCUGAGGCCGCAUAUCAGAAGGCGCAGGCAAAACUCACCUCAUCUGAUCGUGAGAAGCGGGCCGGCUCAGAAGUGAGCGACCGUUCGAGGGGUGGGAGGCGCCGUAGCCGAAGCCCACGACGUGAUCGCGACAGAGAUCACUAUAGACGCCGCGACGAUAGAGACCGUGAUAGAGAUCACUACCGACCACGAGAUGGUCGUAGACGAUCGGUGAGUGAUGAAGAUGACCACUAUUACCGCCCUAGACGUCGAGACGAUCGGGAUCGAGCGAUAGAUCGAGAGCGAGAGCGAGAGCGCGAGCGUGAUAGGGAUAGGGACCGAGACCGAGACCGAGACCGAGACCGCGACCGUGACCGGGACCGGGACAGGGAUCGAGAUCGGGAUAGAGACAGGAGGGACCGUCGAGACCGUGAACAUGGACGAGAGAGAGACCGGGACCGAGAUCGCGAUGAUCGCCGUCGCGGCGGCGAAGGACGAGACAGAGAUCGGGAUCGAGACCAUGCGCGAAAAACCAAGACUCCCGAGCUCAACGACGACGAGCGUGAUUCGCGCACGGUAUUCGUGCAGCAAUUGGCCGCGCGCCUGCGCACUAAAGAGUUAGCUGCAUUCUUUGCUAGUUGCGGUCCAGUUAAAGAGGCACAGAUUGUUAAAGAUCGCGUGAGCGGACGUUCCAAAGGUGUCGGCUAUGUUGAGUUCAAGGAGGAAGAAUCAGUUCAGAAAGCAUUGCAGCUUACCGGCCAGAAAUUGCUCGGCAUUCCUGUCAUUGUUCAGCUCACAGAAGCAGAGAAGAACCGUCAAGCUCGCAAUACGGAGGGCAGUGGCAACCCUCAGAAUUCGGGCAUCCCCUUCCAUCGCCUUUAUGUCGGGAAUAUUCAUUUCUCAAUUACAGAGGAAGAUCUCAGAAAUGUCUUCGAGCCGUUUGGCGAGACUGAAUUCGUUCAGCUACAGAAGGAAGAGCAAGGACGCAGCAAGGGUUACGGAUUUGUACAAUACCGCGAUCCAGCGGCAGCCAAGGAGGCUCUCGAGAAAAUGAACGGGUUUGAUCUUGCUGGUCGACCCAUCCGUGUCGGCCUCGGCAAUGACAAAUUCACUAACGAGAGCACCCAGAAUUUACUUCAGCGAUUCCCUCAACAACACCAAGGCUCUGGUGUCUUUGGUGCAGGAGGUCGUGGUACUCAUGCUGGUGGCGACAUUGCGUACGAGUCUAAGGGACGUCGUGAAGACCGAGGCGGUAUUGGCAAUGCCUCAGCACUGAAUGAUACAGACGUCGGCGAGUCGAAUCUCGCGAACAUUUCAAGACACGAUAUCAUGCGAAAGCUCCUCAGGGAGGACGAUUCCGCCACCAAUGGCACCGAAAAGGAGAAAGCUAAACCUGUCAAGGUUGCGCCUCCACCCCCCAAGGCGCCGCAAGCCAGCCGUUGCAUUGUGCUUACCAACGUAUAUGAUUUAGCUGAGGAAGAGGCACGUGGCAAUUCCUGGAAAGAAGAACUCUUACAAGAUAUCAAGCAGGAGUGCGAGAGACAAUUCGGCAACAUCGUACAUAUCGAUACCGAUCCUAACACAACCGAGGUCUAUGUCAAGUUCUCAUCCAUUGAGAGUGGUUCGAAGGCCGUUCAGGGCUUGAAUGGACGCUACUUUGGGGGGCGCAUGAUAGCUGCUGCACCCAUCAUUGAAGCCGUCUACAACAGCCACUGGAGCCGGGCCAUCAAUCUUUAGUGAUGAUUGCCCUUCGACGAUGUGCUGCCGAACGAGAUCACUCUCAGUUCCGUCGUCUCGCUCGAAUUGCAUGAAUUCGUUUCUCAGCACAAUUCACAUUCGAUGCAAAACCUCAAGUAUAUUUUUUUCACAAACACGAUGCCCAUGAGUUACUUCACACUUCACAGAUAACUCCGCUUCAGCGGGCGUGCGUGCGCGCGUCAUUACAACAGAAUACGUUCGAGGCGUAGCCGCAGGAUGGCUUUGGCGGUAUCACGUUACCUCACUAAGUCAUUCCAUGAUCACUGCACCGGCGGAUUCUCCUACUGACGGUUUCUCAAGCCAUUCCACAGAUUUUUUCGAUGUGUAUGAACAACACCUCCAACAAAGGAGAGUAUGGCGUUCCAAGUUAUUACGGUUUGCUUUUCUGCUUUCUUCCACAAUGGCCACAUGGGUUCACUUGAUUGGCAGUUCCGAAGGACACUGAAGGCAAUAACGUUUGCGCACGUCGUUUUCGACAUUUGGCGUACUAAAAUUUCAGGCUGGGCUGACAUCCGUUGGCCUUGUCUCUGUCCGAAUGCGAAAACAACGUAACACUUUCGUAGAAUAGCCUGUCGAAAUAGCAUGUGAAAACUGAAUCACAAUCGUGCCUAAUUUUUUCCCCUUCGA